UUUCAUGUGCGGGUCGUGUCCGUUGUCCGCUCUGUGCUGCUGAAGCGGACUCCGCGGGAUAAAGACGCGGAGCUGCCGCUCCUCUCCGCCGUGCAACGUGACUCACAGCACAGCGUUCGUUUGUGUGGCUUUUUAACAAGACCAAAGAACCACACACCACUGAUCUCAGGAACGAUGUCUGCGGUGAAGCUGGAGGAGAGUCGAGAGCGGAUUCGCGCAGAGCUGGAUAACGUGGUGGACUUCUGGCUCAAAUACUCUCAUGACACCGUACAUGGAGGAUUCUUCACUUGUCUUGGGAGAGAUGGGAAGGUUUACGAUGAGCUGAAGUAUGUGUGGCUGCAGGGUAGACAGGUGUGGAUGUACUGCCGCCUAUACAGAACCAUGGCUCGCUUCCGCAAACCUGAAAUCCUUGACGCAGCAAUAGCUGGAGGAGCUUUCCUCAGAAGGUUUGCUCGUGUGUCCAGCAGCAGUGGUCAGUGGAAAUGUGCCUUCUGCUUAACAAGAGAUGGUAAAGCCGUCAAAAUUCAGAGGACGAUAUUCAGUGAGUGUUUCUAUAUCAUGGCCAUGGAUGAACUGAGCAGGGUCACUGGUGACAAGGAGAUGCAGCUGGAGGCCGAACAGAUGAUGGAGCAGCUGAUCCACUGGGUUCGCGUGGACUCGUCAGGCCUGGGCCGACCCCAGCUUCCCGGAGACAUUCCCACCAACAGCAUGGCAGUACCCAUGAUGCUGCUGUGUCUGGUGCAGCAGCUCACUGAAGGCAGGGGUCAGGAGGUGGCUCAGAAGUACAGAGAGCUGGGAAGCUGGUGUGUACAGCAGAUUCUACAGCACAUCCAGAGAGGCGGCACAGCUAUUUUAGAGAAUGUGUCACUGGACGGAGCAGAGCUGCCGGGUUGCCAGGGCCGACUGCAGAACCCAGGCCAUGCCCUGGAAGCAGGCUGGUUCCUGCUUCAGUACAGUGCAGAGUGGAGCGACGAGGAGCUCCAGAAGACCGCCAUUAACAAGUUUGUGGAGCUGCCUUAUCAGUACGGCUGGGAUAAAGAGCACGGUGGGCUCUUCUACUUCCUGGAUGUGGAUGGUCACUGCCCCACACAGUUGGAGUGGAGUAUGAAGCUGUGGUGGCCUCACUGUGAGGCUCUCGUUGCCUUCCUGAUGGCCUACAGCCAAACCAAGAAGCCAGAGCUGCUGGACAGAUUCUCCCAAGUUUAUGAAUACACCCUCAGCCAUUUUCCUGACGCUAAGAGCGGAGAGUGGUUUGGCUAUUUGACACAAGAAGGGAAAGUAGCUCUGGAUUUUAAAGGAGGCCCCUUUAAAGGGUUCUUCCAUGUGCCUCGCUGCCUGUACAUGUGUGAGCGGAUUCUGGAUGAUCUGCUGGCGAAGAAUGACUGAGUGUUUCGACAUGAAUUUUUUUUUUUUUUUUGAAUGAUGGGAGUGACUCUGAUUUGUCUGUUCACUAAAUCAAACCAUAAAAAUCAGGUUAUAAAGCAAAAUUGCACUGAUUUUCAGAUAUGCAUUUCUCUAAGUUUACUUGUUUCAUGUCAUCACAAAUGUCCAGUCACUGAGCAGCUCAUAAAAAAGGUUAUAAUACAGCAACACUGCUUCAAACAGAAACCAGUAGUUUUCUUUACAUAUAUAUCCUCUGGCCUCAGGGGCAGUGUGUGUUCACAUUAAUAUAAGAUUCCUUUCUGGGGCAGACUAAAUCAUAUGUUCUCUUACCUUGCACCCACUUGACAUCUUAUUUUUUUAUUUCUUAUUCUUGUUAGGGAGAUAUCCUACCACCUGAUGAGUUUGUAUUAGUAACAUUCUUCCCAUAAUGAGUCUUGUGAGCUGCUCAGUGGCUAAAAUGGCCUAAUUACAGGUGGAUACCUGAUAUGACACUGCUGCAUCAGGGCUAAUGGAGACAUUUACACUCAUUCUGACAUCUAUAUGCAGUUUACCAGUAACACGCUGUCCCUCCAUCAUACAAACUAAACCAUUAACACCAAAAACAUGUCAAACUGUGCCUUCUGCAUGCACACUGAAUGUCUCCGCCAGCUUCACAGACCCUUUAAAGAGCAUAUAUAUUUACAUCUAAUCCAUUCCAGCUUAUUAUCUGUUGCUAUGGUAACGUUCAGGUGAAGGGUAAUGUUAAAGCUACAGUAUCUUACUGUUAGUGACCUGUUUGGCAUCUGUAGGCUUACCGGCCAGUAAAAGAAAUGUACAUUGAAAUAUUACAGCUGAUUAUUAAAUGUGAAACAUGAC